GCACUGAAACGGGAUGUCGAUGGCAACCUGAUCCCAUUCGCCAAUCCUGUUUCUCAAUACACGUUGUUUGCUGGUGAUUUCGGAUCAACUAACUUUAUGGUAGAUUGUCACUUUCAGCCAAGCGGUGUUAUUUUAGAGGCAAUUGUUUCAAGCAUUCUCCCCGCCGGUUGCGACUGAAUUGAGUAACGAAUCGGGCUUGCUCGAGAAAGAUUGAGCGGCGUUCGUUUACCGCUUCGUUUCGUGACUAAACGCGACGUAAAGUGUAGGUGCGCACCUUUUCCGAUGUGAAAACUGUGCAGUUGUGCGUGCGAGUGCGUGUGUGCGGUACAGCAGUUGGAGGACCUCGAAACAAAGUUACCUCGCGUUUAAUACCGGCCCGUAAUAUUAACAUCAAGUGCAAGUGACUGAGAAAAGGGCGUGAAAUAGACGGGAAGAUAGAAAGCAGGUUGUGCGAAAAUGUCUAUUUUACUGCAGGAAAGCGGCGGCGGUGGCACUGCCAGCACGGUGUCCACCUCGGGAGUGACACCUAUUGAGGACGGCAGCGAGGGUUCGCCCCUUACCGUCGACAACGGUCCGGCACCGAAGGAUGCCUGCACGGGAGAUUGUCACUACGGGCGCAGUCUGAAGCAGUACGUGGAGCUGCUGAUACAGAAGACGGUGAUCGACGUUGACGAACACGAAAAACAACAAGAUGCGACUACUUCGGAGAAUGACUGUGUUUGCAAAGCACAAUCCGAUUCAUCCGAAUGCCAUAACCCGAAACGGGCUGAUCAGCAGCAGCAGCAGCAGAAGCAGCAGCAGGAGGAUCACAGUGAACAUUUGUUUCCGCUGAACUGUUGCUGCCGUAUGUGCAUCGUUUCGCGGGAGGUGGUGAUGAAGUUGUACGCAGAAGACUGUCAGUACAACUCUCUUUGGGACCGUUUGCAGCUUCUGAUGAAGCAGUACUACGACCUGAUACCGGAGUCCGAGGAUAACGCACUGUACAAUCAGUACAUGGAGCUGAUGAGCAAAUCGUCGCUGAAGUGGCUAACGGAUGCGCAUUAUCCUGAACAGAACAUGAUCCAGAUGUCGCUCGCAUCCAACUUGCCGCUGUCGAACGAGAUGGCCUUCGUGAUGCUCACGAACGUGCUGAGCACGCGGGAUCCGCACCAGCUCUUUGAGUUACUUUGCUUUCAGCUCCGCUCAAUUGUGCAGGUGUACUGUGUCGGGUUCGAGGAUCUGUUCACUGAGAGUCCGGAGGAUGGCAGCCGUCAAUUUAAUGCUCCGGAGGUGUUGAACUACAUUGUGAACGGCUACAAGAAGCUGCGCCAGUCGGCAAGAACCGUCGCCCCGCUGCUGAACGUCCUGGAACAGUGUCAUCUGGGCAAGUUCGGUCUCACCUGGUGGUUGAUAAACCAGCGCAUUUUUCAACGGUACUUUUACUAUGAAGUCCAGAGCAUACUGCCCGAGUGUAUGCUCCGGCUGCGCGGGUCGCUACCCGAGCGCGAGUAUCAGGAGCUGGUCGGCCGGUUCUUGAAGUUUGACAAGGAAAUGACGGACAUUUCGCUGUCCUGGGCCGAUGUUUGGCCCCUGCUGUACGAUUACCACCGCUCGCCGGAAGAUUGCGAGAGGCGAAACCGUAUCAGCACGGUGCACACGUUGCUGCAAGCCAUCCGGGGAUCGCGUUACGCGCCCAAAUCGCCGGAACUGUUGGAAAAGCCGGAACGUUCCAUCUCGGAAUGGUUAGCGCUGGAGAACAGGCAGCUCGUGUGGGAGUAUGUGGUACACUGUCUCAAGACGAAGUGGAUACCGGGCGUAAGUUCACGCUUGUCGAACGUAUGCGAUUACGUCAAGUGCCCCGGCUGCAAUCGUCCAUUAAACACGCACAACAUCGUAUGCGUAUGUCUCACUUGCAUUAUAGGAGGUGGAAUAUUUACAUUCCGCCCCAAAAAGGAAAUCAAUGAGCGAUAUCGCAUGUGUACGUGCGCGAACAUGAUCGAGAUGAUGCUCGAAACCCAGGGAAAGAAAGUACCGAACAGCGAUGAGGAUGAUUCGGCGACCAACAGUCAGAAACUGUUGUCAUCAUUGCUAUUAACUAGCGGCGAAACGGGACUGCCCAACGGUUGCUCAAAGGUGUCCUCUCCGCAACACAGUGCGAUGCUAAAAAACGAAUCGAAAAAGGACGAUAAGCAGAUCGUACAGGACACGGCGGCGUGUUACCCUUUGGUGGAAACGUUGGGCGAAGAUGAAGAGCUGUACCAUAUUGCGUGGGCCAUUUUCAAGCAUCUGCCCGAGCGAGUGCAGUACCGCUGGAGCACGCUGGAACCGUCGCGAUUCUGCUCCUUCCAGGCAGCGCCCUGCUCGUCCAUCGCAUGCCGGGUGGCGGUGAACAUUAUCGCCAUGAACUAUCCUGUCCAUCUGUCCCGAUUGCUGAUUCAGACCUACAAACCGGUAAGCGAAGAACCGCGGCGUAUCAUGAAGGGAAACUGGAACACGAAGGCGCGAAACUCGCUGCGCAAGUUUUGCGACAACGUUAACAAACGCUGGCAUGAAGAAAUAGACGAUCAGAUGCACCCGCUGCUGUUCGUCGAUAUGUUCUGGUCGCUGCAGAACUCGGCCCUCAAUCUGCCCAAGACGCGUGCGUCCGAUUUGGCUGAAUGGUUCAUACUCGACACCCAGGCACCGCCGCGGAAUGUCCUUUAUCAGUAUUUUACUAAGUUGUUCCUGGUUAAGGAGAACGACAUUGCCUUCGAUCUGGAAUGUUUCGAGCGGGAGCGGGAAAGAUCCGUUUCGCCGAGCCGAAUGCGGGAGAGCUUGAUGCAGAAGCUGGAAUCGAAUGCUGCCCUUCUAGCACCGUGCCCAACAACCCUGUCUUCUUCCGUAUCGUCGACGUCUUCGUCGUCAUCUUCCUCAUCCUGCCUGUCCAGUUCGAACUCGUCGUCGUCCUCCUCCUGUUCACUUUCUACUACUUCGGCCGCAUCGGUCGCAGCUGCGGCAGCGGCCGCAGCAGCAGCAGCUUCGUCCUUCAUUGAACCAAUAGGCGAUGCGUGCAUCUCGAACGGGAUUGCAGAUGAAAGCAGAGGUUGUACGUGUACUUGCAAUACCUGUGUGACCGAGUUUCUUUCCAAGUCGGAAAUGUUAUCCAAACAACUGGACACUUCCGCCAGAGACUCGUGGACCCAGCGCACGAACAUGCUGGAAAUGGAGCUAAAAGCACUGCUAAAGGAACGAAACAUGUUGCUGGAAAAAGGGCGAGGAAAGCGCAGCCCAUGCAAGCUGCUGAACUGCGAUGAUUCAUGCACCACAAAAUCUGGCACCCCGGAAUCCUCGAAACCUAACUUGAGCAUAGAAAGUAAUGUGACUAAAGCAUCCUCACUCAAGCAGGAUGCGCAAGGUGCCGUUCCAGACACCCCCGCUGUUGUCGUAAAUGGGCAGCUAGAGGUUGAAAAAUCGAAAGAUGAAAAUGUGAUAUCGGGAGAGAAAAAAGCGAUGGCAGUCGAUGCUGAGUUAGCUCGUCCGUCAGCUAAAAGUCAGACACCGGCACCGGCCCAACCUACUUCUUCAUCAAAAGCAGCACUGAAUGAUAAGAGCUCGAAACAACCUCCCUCAACAUCCUCGGCAGGUGUGCAAGCAAACGGCAACACACCAAAGCCAACCGUUGCGCCAGUGCCAAUGGGUGUGAAUGAAGAACUGCUUACACCGGCGAAGCUGUCAGCCUUCGCCAAAUUGGCGGCCAGUAAAAUACCGCCCGCCGUCGGCAAUGCAGCAACGAAAUCGUCCUCGAAACAGGAAGCUGCAUGUGGUGCAAAUGGGCCAGCGAUGAAAGCGAAGCCUCUACCUGCGACGACCCAGCAGCAACCUGGCAAUGGUGCUCGUGCGGUUCCAAGUGCGUCGUCUUCAGCAGCAGCAGGAGCAACGUCACAAACGCACGGUAGUAGUAAACCUUGCCCUUGCGGAUUGCCUUCGCAUGCUGGAGGCACAAAAGCGGGAACUGUUGCAAAAGCCAAACCCUCGGCCGGCUCAGCGGCACCAGGAUCUGCCAUUGGCGGCGCAACAACGCAUACGAAAGAGGAGCACAAAAAAUCGUGCCAUCGUGGAACCCCACCCACUGGCGCAACCGGCGGAGACAAGGCGGAAGGGUCCUGCGUUUGCUACUACUGUACGCUGUUCGGGCAGAGUGUAUGUUUAGAGUGUAACCAUAAUCAAAGGACGAACGAAACACGUGAAAAGUUACGGAAAAAGCUCCAGAAACAGCAAAUGAUGAAUGACAAAAUGUUCAACGAAGAACGACAGAGGCAACAGUUGCAGCAAAAACCUGCCCCUACCGAUGGUGCAGCAGUGACAAAAGAGUCUAAACCGCUCUCCACUAAAACUACGGCCAGCAAUAGCUCUGCCGCAACGACAGUUGCGCCAGGUAAGGCAUCUGCCCCGCUCAACCCAGUACCUUCGGCCAAUGGCAACGGUAAGGCAGUUAUCGAAAAAGGAAGUAAGAAAACAGUAAAAUCUGCUGCAGCUGCUGCAACGACGCCCAGUAAGGAUCGAUUUCAAUCAAUCGAUGAUCUAUUGCGAUUUAUCGAGGGAGAUGAUUCCUCCAAAGGUCCGGAAAAAUCGUCGGGAGGGGGAAGCAAAGUGUGUCCUACACACAACACAGUACCUUCAGCUAGUGGCAACGCAAAAACUUCUACGGAAAAAGCAAACAAAAAGACAGUGGCAAAAACUGCCACCUCUGCUGCAGCCCCGAGCAAGGAUCGAUUUCAAUCGAUCGAUAAUCUGCUGCGUUAUAUCGAAGGGGAUGACUGUGCGAAAGCUCCAAACAACACGUCGAAAGGAGGUGGCAAAACUAACCGCAUCCAGUCGGCGGAUAAAAACGCUCAAAAGCCCGUACCAGCUAAAAAACCGGCAACGACAGUGUCGGCGACAGUCGGAAAAGAUGCAGAGACAAUUAAGAAGGUUAAGCUGAACAAAGGUCUGAAAAUGAUUGCUGAGCUAGAAAUGUUGCGACAAAAGUUUUACGACUGUCAGAAGCAAGAGCAAAAGACCCAGCAGCUUCUACAAGAUCAGAUAGGAUUGAGCAAGAAGGAGCGCAAAGAAUUGCCGCUUAAAAUACAAACAUAUCGGCAGCAAAAGAAUGAGCUCCAUGCGGCAAUAAAUGUGCUCGUUAGCAGCAUACGCACCGAAAUUCCCGAGUACAUUUUCAAGCUGGAAGCAUUCCCAACCCCUCCACCAUGCUGUCCACCACCGCAACAUGCAGUGCAACCGAAAAAACUUGCCCAAUCCCUUGCCGUAGAGGAUGUACAGGCGGGACGAAGGGUACCGCCUGGUACAAUGCUACCACCGCCACCUUCAACAUUAACAGCGGCCGGAAAAACGAACAACAAUGUACGUUCUACCACUAUCGCAAAACUACAGGAAACGCUGAGCCUUUUCCAACAAAAACGGCAGCAUCACGCGGACGAGAUGCACCCGCAGCAAGAUCAAAUGCUCCAUCACCAUCUUCAACAUCUCAAACAACAACAACAACAACAACAACAGCAACCACAAUAUCAACAACCACAUCAACAACAAAAACAACAGCAACAACUUCAACAACAGCUCCAACAAGGUGCUGGUAACGACGCCGCUUCUCGUCAGAUGGUUACGAUAAAGCGUACCUUUUUGCCCCAUACCGAGCCACAGGUGACGGUAACGGCAAAGGGAGAUUCACCCGAUCAGGAUCAAAUUUUGUACACAUUCGUCAAUGGUCAGAUUGUGCCAAUCAAUGAUCCAGCUGGAGCGGGCGAUGGUAUUAAUCAACAUCAGAAGCCAAGAAAAUUGUGUCAGCAGCCCAGUGGUUCUCCGGCUUCAGUGAUGGGCGCUACGAGAACGGAGAAAGCAAAACUUGCGAACAGUGCCGGGCAGAGCAUGCCAAAGGCCGAGGAUCCAUUUGCUGAUUUUAGUCCGCAGGAAAAACGCCUCAUUCAAGAAUAUGUCGACCAGUUAUACCAGCAGCCGCUUGACACGGUGCAGAUCGAAGACAGUGAUCAAAUCCAACGAUCAUCGCGAUCAAAGAAAAGGGCGGGCAAGUUAGAAAGCCAGCCACAGGAGCAGCAGCAAACGAUUUCGAUCAAUGAUCUCAUACAGGAGCGCAUGCUGCGCCAAAGCGUUGAGUUGAUCAAAAACCUGCAGACAGAUCGCAAGAGUAAUCCGGAGAUGCUUUCGUUGGCAAACAAGGUGAAGAAAGAUUUGCUGGAGAUGCAGAAGAACCCCAAAACGGCGACAGAAACUAGUAAUGCACCAGGGAGCAAGGGCAAAGCUAAUGCGUCCCUCAAUAGUCAGCCUGCUAAGAAGGAGGUUACUGCGAAACCGGCACCCGUUGGAGAAGACCGACAGGGAGGCAAGGGAAAGGCAUUGGCUGUUGCCACGACGACGCCUGCUGACUCGGGCAAGGGUAAGAACGGCAAAAAGGAACGCAAAAAGGACAAGCUAAUAGAGGAGAUUGACGAGAUUGUCGCACGUCUAAAUUUGUUAGACAGCGACGACGAAGAGUGCAAACCGACCUCAAAAAGAAAACAAAAGUCGGCUGCGUCCAGUGCCAAGGUGUUGAACCGCAAGCAAAGCAAAGAUUCCGUCGUAUCUAGUGGGAGUGGAAGUGCAUCCGGGGUUAAACAGCAAACCAAAUCCCAAUCAAAGCAACAGGCGACAUCGCAACAGGAACAGCAGGCGGGCACGGUUCAAGCAAAGCAGAGUCAACCUCAGGAAACACAAGCGAAGAAAAAGGGAACGGCAGUUGUAACGCAAAAAUCGCUCAAAGAAGAUAACGGUACGAUCGAAAAAGCAUCUAACAAGGAAAAAUCCAAAGGUCAAUCGCAACAGACUGCUUCGGCAGUAGAGAAUCCAUCGUCCGUGGAAUCGUCUGUGAAACCCGUUGUUCGCAAAAAGGCUGCCAAAUCGUUCAUUGAUCCCGAGUUCGAUAACAACGCUUUCCGGUUGCUCAACAUGGACGAUUCGGAAACGGACGUUGAGGAGGAGGAGGAAGAGUUCGAGGAAGAAGAAGAAGCUAAAACGAUAGCUCCUGCGAAGGUUGACAACAGUAUAUCCUCUCAGAACGCUCUGUCACAGUCGAAGCCGUGCGAGCAAGCGAAAGAAACAAAAACGAUACAAAAAGAAUCCACACCGGCCGUUGCAAUUGCAGUCCAAUCGCUAGGCAAUGACAAAACAAAGAAGACUGCCAUGGAAAAAGAGAAAAAAUCCACCCAAAAGAAAGCUGCCAAACAGGAGCGGGAAGUUGCAGUAGGCACUGCGUUCAAAGAACAGCAAAAGCGAGAUGACGUCGAAAGUGUUGGUUGUACGGCGAAUGGCAAUGAAACAGAAUCACGACCGAAGAAGCAGACGCCGGCGCAGGCAAUGGUGGAGAAGAUCAGUGCCCUGCUAGAUAGUCCUGGUCUGUCAAACCGGCAGCGAAAGCAAAUGAUACGCCAGCUCGAGCAGGCCCAGGCUACAAUACAGUCACAGCUGUUACAAAACGCCGCCAAAGCCACGAAGGCAAAGGUGCAGGCCCAGGCACAGCAAGAGAAGAUUGCGAAUCAAAAGGCGACGAAUGUAAGUAACGCUUCAGGGAACAACGCGGCUGCGUCGAAAUCUGGCCCUGGGAAGGAAUGUAACAGCAAGGCACGGCAACCUAAUGUGGCUUCCAAUGCAAUGAUCGAUGAGAGUGCAUCUAGCAAUGGGUCUGGCGCGAGCAACAGUCUUAUGGAUCAGCUGAGACGUGGCAUCCGUGCGGAGGGAUUGGAUCUUCCACCCGGUAUUACAUUGACGCGACUGGACGCCAUACAGUCGGAAGCGCUACGUCUGAAGCGCGAAUCAAUUCGGAAGAUAACCGAACCAAUGAAACCGGUUGCGCCUCCGAUGGAUCCAACGCCUGCUAUGCUGGCUGGUUCGUUUGGUGUUGGUGCCGGUGCACCAAAUCCUGGCAUGUUUGUCGUGAAUCCAAUGUCGCCCUUAUCCGUGCCGGCCGUCGGACAGGAAUCGGUGAUCAUGGUUAACACAGGAAAAUUGAGAGGAAAAGAGCAGCAGCAACAGCAACAGCAGUCUUCCCCACUGCCGGAAGGAGGUGCCAAUGAUCGUAAGAAACGGAACAAGCGACGCAGCAAAAACAAAAACAAAGACCAUGAUCAAGGGGAUCAGAUGCCUUCCGCGAGCGGAGCUUCUGUGUCCUCCGUUACUGAGGCGCAGGCAGGUAGGAAGCUAACGGAAGGAAAUAACAUUGUGACGCUAAGGAAUCCAAUGUUCCACGGCGGCCCAAUGGGUGCCGGUGGUGCUGGAAUGCGUCCCCCUGGUGCGGGAACGAUGCCGGACGUGCAAGGCGCACGUAUGACGCUUGGAUACGAUCAACCGGCUACGAUAUUCAAGAAUGAUAAUGGAAUGUUUACGAUACGCAACCCUGCACUUCAUCAUGCGUUGUCCGGCGGUGCCCCUCCGGAAGCGACCGGAUUCCGUCCGUUCAAUGCAGCCUACCUGGUUGAGAAUGGAAUUAUGCCUCCGACACACGGAGCCAUGCAGCAGCCGGGCGGAACGGCACCGCAUGUAACUGCUGCCGUGUCGUCUGGUGCUAACACAAUCAUUCCAGGCAGCACUGGUGUGCCGCCUUACCUGCAGCAAUAUUCUUCCGCCGCGUUAGAUGAAAGCAUGGGACCACGCAAAUGCAAGUCCGCCAUCGGCAGCGAGAUGAAAAAUGCACAGAAGCAAAAACAAACCUCACUGCAGCAAGGUGGCGGUCUGCCUACGUCAUCCGGCAGGGGCUGGCAACAUAUGAAUGGAACCACCGGUCAGGACAUGUUUGCGCCUUCACCGUCGGCAAGCGGCACUAUCGGUGCGGGACUGGGUGAAUCUCAUUAUUCGUCGUUCAGUCAGUACAAUCUGGCGGGGCCCGAUUUGCUGCAUUCAGCACCCGUAGGUCCGGGCAACGCUUAUGGGUCCGGUAUGCUGGGUUCGUCAGGAUAUUAUCAGGGGGGCAGUAGUAGUGCGUCAAUCCUGUCAAAGGGUGCAACUGGUGCCAUUGGUUCCGAACGAUCGCACGCUCUCUCGUAUCUUGGUGGAGCAGAUGCAUCCACCAGCUUGGCCACACACUGUUGCGACGAUGAAGCACCGAGCGCAUUCUUCAACGGCAACAGCCUUGGAAGCUUGCCCACCGGGACCAUUGGCACUCGAACACGAUAUGACGAUCUUGCCUUCCUGCAAAACUUACAACCGGGCCAACGGCUUAACAGUGAGGUUACCAUACACAGCAUCAACGAGUCGAAGAUGCGACGGCAGCAAGCGCAAAACUUUACACACGACAUUCAAAUAACAGCCAUACCGGCACCAUCGCCCCCCACUUCGACCGGGCUGGGCAUAUUGGGAGCUCAGGCUACGCCGAGCACCGUAUCCUUGCAGCACAUGAUGCAUCAGGCACAGCACAUGACGCAUCAUCGUCAGCAACAGCUGGCUCAGGACACUCAGCCACACUUUUCUGAUCUCAGCCCCGGUUCCGGAUCGGUAGGGUCGGGCAGCGGGUCAGGCACCAGAGCCGGUGUUGCGUUAACUGAUUUCAUGGACAGUCGAGUCUCGGGCGGAAGCAGUUCAUCUGCAUCGGCUGACCUGCUGGCUUCAUCGAUGGACGCCAAGAGCUUUUUGCGAGAGUAUCAACUUGGGCAGCUGCAGCAACAGAUGCAAGAUUUGCAGCUACAGUCACAACAGCAGCAACUGAAAGGGGAAUUCGGAGAUAACUUGUUCGGAACGAAGCAACCGAUAGUUAGUGUGGGCGACCAGGAAACAGAUGAACAGGAUCUGGGAUCGCUCGAACAUUUCAACUACUACUUUAACGCACCGGGUGGCAAUAGCAACAGUAGCAAUAUGAAAAUGGCUUGCGAAUCUGCAGGAGGUGAUAACAUCGCAGCAGGGAUGGUAUCACCAUCAGUCGGCACUCCGGAAGAAGGCAAUCCCGGUGGCGUAAGCAUUGGUGGCGAUGAGCUGCAGCGACCGCAGCAACCACCGAUCGGAACCCCUUCCAGCAAGAGUAUUCAACAGCAGCGGUUACAGCAGAAUGGAACGCCUAUCUCAUCAGUUGGAUCGAUACUCUACCCUGGCACGGCCGACAGUCCGGCCUCGUCGGUUUCUGUGUUCGAUGGCAUCUCUUCGUCGCUGAGUAGUCAGACACACUCGUUCGACGAUCUUUACACUGGCUUGUUGGCCACUGCCUCGCCACCAUCGUCAAUCAGCGGCGGUAUGGAAGGAAAUACGCAACUCAACAUUCAACAGUUGCAUCAUCAGGUAAGUUCUGACCCAGUACCGUUUAGCGGCAGUGGAUGUGUUACUUCAAACGACCUACCGGAAGCCAGCCAUGCAAGAAAUCCAACAGACCACACCGAGAGCUCUACCGCGUUAAGCAAUAAGUAAAAGUAAUAAGACAACUCUUAUACGCCGUUCACAGACAGUUCAUGCAGCAAGUAGAAAACUAGCGAACGCCUUAUCUAACCGCAGGACGCAGCGAUUAUGUGCUGACUGAAGGAAACGGCUUUAAAGUGAGGUGUUAAUUUAAACGUACGUCUAGUAGCCGUUGACAAACUUUUGCACAAUAAUUGAAAGAUAGUUUUAAUUUUGCUGCUGCCAACAAAUAGCAAUUUCUUCGCCCGUAUUAAAAAUGCUUUUAAAAGGCCGCGAAACAACAUCCUUACCUAAAUGUACACUUUAGAUCGUCAUUUUCACGUAAAGUAAAAUAUUAAUUUGGUCAAUGAGGGCAAAUCGCGAUUGUAGCAACUGUAGAACUGGCUUCCAGCCGUUGGAUUUAAACUUGGUUAACUUGGUCUAGUGGCGCGAAGAAUUAUAGCAAACGAGAAAUAUUUCGAAUAAUAUCAUCAUUACACAGGGGGCAGAGCUACUGUCGAUAGAACUGCCGAACGGAAAACUUUUUGUAUAUACAAUUCGACAAGUCAUGGAAACUUAAAGGCCACAAUGCCGCAGUUGCUAGAAUGGUUUGCCACAUACGUGUGCGGGCAAGGUUUGAACGUUGAAGAUAACAGAAAUAAUGGUGUAUAGAAAAGUCAGCAAUGCAAAACGCAAGUUCUAAAAUAAACCAUGGUACCAGAUGAAA